AUGGGUUCAUAUGAAACUGUAAGGAAGGAGGCCUACAAAGCAGCUUUGAAAGAAAAAUGGAAUGAGAUGAUUGGUGCUUACCAUGGAGAAAAAGUUAUUUACAUGAUGUCUCCAAUAACGGCAUCAGAAGAUACUCCAUUUCACUUGGCAGUAUAUAGCAGAAGUGUUCAACCGCUUCGAAGACUACUUGAUAUUGUUAAUAAUAACAAAAUGCUCGGGAAUCCCCUUACAAAAACUAAUGCAUAUGGAAACACAGUUCUUCUUGAAGCAGUUGUUGCUGGAAAUAUGGAAGCAGUGGAAGCUUUACUCCAGUUUGUCCCGAAACACGCGGCCGGUAAAUAUGAUCCUUCAGAGCAACUGCAGACUGAAAAUGUGCUUGGCGAGACCCCAUUUUAUAGAGCUGCUUCAAGUGGUAAGACAGAAAUAGUGAAGCAUUUAGCUGAUCAAUUUGGGGGGCAAAUCUUUGAUCAGGGAAAAAAGCUAAUCGAAAAACACCGCAAGAGAAAAGAUCUCAAGCCGAUUCUUCAUGCUGCCAUCCAAGGGCAACACUUUGAAACUGCUCUGAAGUUGCUGGAACUGGAUAAAUCACUUCAUGAAAUGAAGGACGAGCAGGGCAUGACCUGUCUUCAUCUCCUUGCUGAUAUGCCUAGUGCUUUCAAGAGUGGAUAUAUACAGCAAGCAUUUUUCUUUGAGAAAUGGCUCUACUGUUGCCUUCCCGCCGCAGGUGGUGAUCGCGACCAGCGUCGGUGUAAAAUAGGUACUGAGAUCGAAACCAUUUUGGCAUCCAUCAAGUACUUCCACAGUUAUAUUGAUAAUAUUGCGCUUACCGAUGCUCCCUGGGUCUUGUGA